GCGCGGCCCCGCCCCGGGCAUCCCGCGCCGACCUGGCCUCGCUGCAGGGUGAGCAUCAUGGCCGCUUGGAGACAGCCCCAGGCCGGGGAGCUGCUGGCCGAGGCCCGUAGAGCGUUCCGGGAGGAGUUCGGGGCCGAGCCCGAGCUGGCGGUGUCGGCGCCGGGCCGCGUCAACCUGAUCGGGGAGCACACGGACUACAACCAGGGCCUGGUGCUGCCCAUGGCACUGGAGCUUGUGACUGUGCUGGUGGGCAGCCCCCGGGCAGACGGCCUUGUCUCCCUCCUGACCACCUCCGAAGAUGCUGAUGAGCCCCGGCGGCUCCAAUUUCCACUGCCCACAGCCCAGCGGUCAUUGGAGCCCGGGACCCCCCGCUGGGCCAACUAUGUCAAGGGAGUGAUUCAGCACUACCCAGCUGCUCCCCUCCCUGGCUUCAGUGCAGUGGUGGUCAGCUCAGUGCCCCUGGGGGGCGGGCUGUCCAGCUCGGCGUCCCUGGAAGUGGCCACAUACACUUUCCUGCAGCAGCUCUGCCCAGACUCCGGGUCCAUAGCUGCCCGGGCUCAGGUGUGUCAGCGGGCCGAACACAGCUUCGCAGGGGUGCCCUGUGGCAUCAUGGACCAGCUCAUCGCACUGCUGGGGCAGAAGGGCCACGCGCUGCUCAUUGACUGCAGGUCCCUGGAGACAAGCCUGGUGCCGCUGUCAGAACCCAAGCUGGCCGUGCUCAUCACCAAUUCCAACGUCCGCCACUCGCUGGGCUCCAGCGAGUACCCUCUGCGGCGGCGCCAGUGUGAAGAAGUGGCCCGGGCGCUGGGCAAGGAGAGCCUUCGAGAGGUGCAGCUGGAGGAACUGGAGGCUGGCAGAGAGCUGGUGAGCAAGGAGGGUUUCCGGCGGGCACGACAUGUCGUGGGCGAGAUCCGGCGCACGGCCCAGGCCGCGGCUGCCCUGAGCCGCGGAGACUACAGAGCCUUUGGCCGCCUCAUGGUAGAGAGUCACCACUCGCUCAGGGAUGACUAUGAGGUGAGCUGCCCCGAGCUCGACCAGCUCGUGGAGGCCGCGCUGUCAGCACCUGGGGUUUACGGCAGCCGCAUGACUGGUGGUGGCUUCGGUGGCUGCACCGUGACCCUGCUGGAGGCUGCCUCCGUUCCUCAGGCCAUGCAGCACAUACAGGAGCAGUACAGCGGCACCGCCACCUUCUACCUCUCUCAGGCGGCCGACGGUGCCAAGGUGCUGCACUGGUGAGGCCCUCCCCGGGACAGCACCCGGUGGGCACGGGGCCUGCCAGGCAGCACGUCACGAAGCUCCAGGCCUCUGGCGCCUCUUGCCCUCUGCAUCUGGGUGCUCAAUAAACUUGUGCCUCCCACCACGAUAA